AUGUACUCGGACACACUCCCAGAAGCGCAAGACCCCGUCUCUUCCUCCAGCGAGCUCGGUCCGUCCUUCGGUACCGGCGAGCUGCAGUACCCCCCGAACGAGUACCCUUCCAGCGAGCCCGACUCCGUCAGCUCAGAUGCAGAGUCGUCCGUUCCCCAUGGCAGCGACACGCUCGCGUCCGGCCUCUUCAGCCUCAGGCUUGCCCCGCAGAACGGCCAGGCCGUACCCCCGCCGCAGUACUCCCCGUCGCAGACAGAGAGCGACUACUUCGAGCACGACCCAUUCGCGACCGAGUCGCCCGUGGACGCGCGCAGCCCCACCACACCCUCCUCGUCCGUAUUUGCAACACCGCUCUCCGCUCCUCCCGGCACGCACAAUGAACAGUUCGGGAGUGUCGACGCACCGACAUUGACAGCACCCUACUUCUUCCCGCCACAGCUCUCUGAAGCCGGCCCCGCAAGGACGAUGGGCAGGAACUUGGCGGGGCCACAGGGGUCGCCUACAGGGGGGAGCCGGCUCGACCUCGCACAUCCAUACGCGCGCCUGCCGACGAACAAGGACGGCACCAAGCGGCGCAGGAUGUGGAACCAUCUGCUCGAGAAGUCAAUCUUCACUCCACAGGAGAUAUCGACCAUGACUGCGCCCCACCGGCGAACAAUAUAUACCGCGAGUCUCGAGGCGCACAUCGACCAGCUGCAUACGCAGCUGCUUGGCUAUGCACUUUUCCCCGUUCCGUUCGAGAAGCUGGAGCGCUUCCGCGGGCUUAACUUCAGGACAGCCAAGAGCAUGGUCGCGGGUUUGUACCGAGACGCGGUGGCUUUGAAGAUGAAGAAGCUCGCGCUGGAUCGAGCGAGCCACGCCAUACGCAAUCAGCUAUACGGUCCUUCUGACGCGGGCCCGCCACCAACACCGCCCUACCCACAUUUGGGAAGUUCCAGCUCUAGCCUGCGCCGGCAUUCCCUGGAGUAG